GAUUUAGCUACGAAUAUAUAAGGAUUCGAAACUGCUCACUCCGGCGACAUAAUAACAUCCCGAAUUCAUCUCCGAUCCCAUCCGCAUUCCUUCCGAUUAUUCUUUACCGCGCCUUUCCGGUGAACGAGACGAUCAAACACUCGGUAUAAAUCCACCUCCUACUUGAUCCACAGGUUGAAUUCGUUUGAAAGAGAUUGGUAGGAAUACGUUGAGUAUCAGCGCAAGAUGGAUGGCCAUAGGAGUUAUGUCCCUCCUGCAUAUGUUCCAAUAGGGCAGUCUGUUUCAGAAGCGGAGAUUAUUUCCAAAGAUGAGGGCCACCCGAUACCUAAUGAACUUAAGGAUGAAUUGUCACAAUGGUCGUCUGGAAUCUGUGCAUGCUGCGAUGAUUUGCAGAGCUGUUUUAUUGGCCUUUGCUGUCCAUGCUUUCUGUUUGGGAAGAAUGCAGCGCUUCUGGGUUCUCAAACAAUGUUCGGGUCGUGCGCCACUCAUUUCAUUUUGUGGGCUCUUAUGAAUGCAGUCUGCUGCUUAUCGACUGAUGGAGCUUUGUGGAAUGUAGCCGGAUGCUUUCUUGCAUGCUAUGCUUGUGGCUACCGCAAAGCCCUACGGUCCAAGUACAAUUUGCCAGAAGCACCUUGUGGAGACUUCUUGACCCACUUUUUCUGCCAUUGCUGUGCUAUAUGUCAAGAAUAUAGGGAGAUUCGUGAAAGAGCUGGUGGAUCCAGUUCCCGUGAAUUGAAUCUGGCUGUCGUUACUCCCCCAACAACUCAAACAAUGGAAUCUAAUCCUCAAAAAUAGUUGCUUCACUGCUGGAGCUACCAAGAAAUUCUGGUAAUUUAUUACAUUGCUUGCUUAGCACAGAGUUCUUCUUUCUCUCUUCCAUUCUUAUGGGAUUUUUCAGAGUUACUACUCCCACUCUUCUAUUAUUAUUGAAAAUUUUCCCUUCUUUUGCCUUGUUUAAUAUUAUAGAGCUAGAAUAUCUGUUCCUUACAGUGAUUGAUUGAUAAAUUUAUGUAUUUUUUCAAUUUUUAUUUAAUUAUGUUGAUUUUACUGUUUGUUUGAUG